UGAUCUCUCUCUCUCUCUCUCUCGCUCUCUUGGUAGCUAACACUUGCUUGAGCUGAAAGAAAUCCUCGCCAGGGACGCCACUUCUUCUCAGAUUCCGACCACCGGCCGGCGUCAGCGAUGGACGUUAUCAAGACGCAGCAGAUAGCGGCGAGGCCGGUAGACAAGGUGGUAGUCCAUCCUCUUGUCCUCCUCAGCAUCGUCGAUAACUACAACCGCGUCGCUAAGGACACCCGCAAGCGCGUCGUCGGCGUCCUCCUCGGCUCAUCCUUCAAGGGCACCGUUGAUGUCACCAACAGCUACGCAGUGCCUUUUGAGGAAGAUGAGAAGGAUCCAAGCAUCUGGUUCUUGGACCACAAUUACCACGACGCAAUGUUUUCCAUGUUCAAGAGAAUUAAUGCAAAGGAGCAUGUUGUUGGCUGGUAUAGCACUGGUCCGAAGCUGCGGGAGAACGAUCUGAAUAUUCAUGCUCUCUUCGAUACCUAUGUCCCUAAUCCAGUGCUGGUCAUCAUAGAUGUCCAGCCUAAAGAACUUGGCAUACCUACAAAAGCCUACUGCACUGUUGAAGAGGUUAAGGAGAAUGCCACGCAGAAAAGUCAGAAGGUGUUUGUGCAUGUGCCAUCUGAGAUUGCUGCUCAUGAAGUCGAAGAAAUAGGUGUGGAACACUUGCUCAGGGAUGUGAAGGAUACAACCAUCAGCACUCUUGCUACAGAGGUAACUGGGAAACUUACUGCAUUAAAAGGGUUGGAUGCUCGACUGAAGGAGAUCAGGGGUUAUCUUGAUCUUGUAAUUGAUGGAAAGCUUCCAUUGAAUCACGAAAUCUUGUACCAUCUUCAGGAUGUCUUCAAUCUUCUUCCAAAUCUCAACGUCAAUGAAUUGAUCAAGGCUUUUGCAGUUAAAACAAAUGACAUGAUGCUUGUUAUAUAUCUUUCGUCCCUCAUUCGAAGCGUCAUAGCUCUCCAUAACUUGAUCAACAAUAAGAUACUCAACAAGGAACAUGAAAAGGCAGAGGACUCAAAGCCAGUUCCUGUGCCCGCUGCUUCCGGGAGCUAGAUCUGGAUGUCAUACGUUCUCAUGUAUUCUUCAGAAGGUUCUCUUAGAAGAGGAUUCUGAGAAAUGCAAGAUAGAGAGGGAGAGGAGGCAGGUAUUCUCCAAGACUAUGUUAGCUGUAAAUCAGUUUUCCGAACGUCCCUCUCUUCCCAGAAGACUUUAUCUCUUCUGUUGUGUAUGAACUCUACAUAUGUACUGAUUCCAGGCAAUUGAAGGCCGAAAUUUCGUGCUGUGUCACUCUCUUUUCUAUAUUUUUCCCGGGGAGAUCGUUUAUGUUUCUUUGGUGUCUUUUUUCGGGUACUUGCUCGCAUGUACCUGGAUUUCAUCUACAGACAAUUUGUUUUCUUCUGUCUAAACAUUUUAAGAGCCAUGGAAUCUUACUAAAGAAAGGAAAA